AUGUCAUUUGAUCGUUGGAUGUCUCGGCCCAGUGUUCUUCCACCAUCCUCGGGAUCACAUGAAAGCGAUAAUCCACGAAUUUCUCUUUCCUUUGAAAAAGACAUUCCUGAACUCUCCACUAAAAUCUUUGACCGUCUUUUUAAUUAUCACGUCGUUGCAGAGCAGCAAGUCAACGAAUUAUUACAACAAUUUGAAUAUAGCAAAAUUACGGAGAAGGCUGAAAAACAUUUGAAUGAAUCGGAGAAGAAUGUAGAACAAACCUCAACCAAGAUCGUUCAAUGUACCAAUAUUCUGGUUGAGAAUUUACCAGAAUUUCAAAAAUCACUAUCCAUAUCGUUGGCCCUCGGAAAUGAAUGGCUUAAGAAGAGAGUAAAAUCACAUCAACCAACUCAACCAGUCUCACCAGCAAGCUCAGUACCAGCUUCUUCUACAAGUGUGCCUUCAUCGGGUCAAACAACUGAACAAGACAAACAAUAA